CCAUGUUUUCUGGAUGCCAGCUGGGUGCAGUUUUGGAAAUGUUCCUCCUGUGAAUGGAGGCACCAUGAACAUUUGGGAAGUGAUCCUGGCUUUCUUGAUUGUGGUGCUCAUCCUGGUGUCGCUGCUGUCCAACGUGCUGGUGCUGAUCUGCUUUUUGUACAGCACAGAUAUCCGCAAGCAAGUCCCGGGAUUGUUUAUCCUCAACUUGACCUUCUGCAACUUGUUGAUGACUGUCUUGAACAUGCCUCUGACCCUGGCUGGGAUCAUUUACAAAAAUCCACCAGGAGGAGACCAGCUUUGCCAUAUUGUGGGUUUUCUAGAGACUUUCUUGACCACAAACUCCAUGCUGAGUAUGGCCGCUCUCAGCAUCGACCGGUGGAUAGCAGUGGUCUUUCCUCUAAAUUACCAUUCCAAGAUGCGCUACAAAGAUGCUGCUCUCAUACUGAGCUACACGUGGUUACAUUCUGUGUCCUUCCCUAUCGUGGCAACAUCUCUUUCCUGGGUGGGUUUCCAUCACCUUUAUGCCUCCUGCACUCUGUACAACAAAAGACUGGAGGACAGGACACAGUUCAUUAUUUUUACUGGGGUCUUUCAUUCCCUCAGUUUCCUUCUCUCUCUCAUAGUCUUGUGUUUCACAUAUCUAAAAGUGCUGAAGGUGGCACGCUUUCACUGUAAAAGGAUUGACGUGAUAACUAUGCAGACCCUCGUGCUGCUUGUGGACAUCCAUCCCAGUGUAAGAGAGAGAUGUCUAGAAGAACAGAAGAGGCGGAGACAACGAGCAACCAAGAAGAUCAGUACAUUUAUUGGCACUUUUGUACUUUGUUUUGCACCGUAUGUAAUCACAAGACUGCUAGAAUUGUCAUCAAUAGUCCCCAUCAACGCAAACUGGGGAAUCAUUUCUAAGUGUCUGGCCUACAGCAAAGCAGUUUCAGAUCCUUUUGUGUACUCUUUGCUACGGCACCAGUACAAGAAGACAUGGAAGGACAUCAUAAACAAGAUGUUAAAAAGAAGCUCAAUAAAUUCAUCAGCCCUCACCAGUGAAUCGCAAAGUCGAAACAUUUUGCAAGCAAAUGAAUGAAGGUCAAACAAUUAAUUCAUUAUAGCCUAACACUGGUGGGCAGAAGAGGAAGGACCAUACAUGGUGGUGCCCUUAGGAUUAUCAGCUGACAGUCUUUUGGAAAGUCUGCCUUUCAAAUCUUCAGAAACUUAGGUAAAGAAUUUCAUAGCAAAGUUGGCUGCCUUUUAUUACUGAUAUAUGAAUUCAUUGGCAACAGAUCCUGCCAGCUUCAGGAGAUAUGCUGAAAAGGCAAAAUUGUGUCCUUAACCAAUGGUGGUCUGAUAUGAUAAUGGUAAAGAACUGUACUUAGGUAUUCUUCCCUCUCGCCAACCACAGAAAGCCCACUGGGGAAUCUUGGGAGCUUUGUGACAGUUUUGAUGUGUGACAGCAUUUAACGCCUGCCAACACACAAUCACGGCAAUUAUACGGACAGUUAAAGACGACCACUCCUUCCUGUUUCUUCAUGGGAUUGCCCCUCUUUGGGACUACCUAAUUACAUAUACAUCUGUUAGAUGAGAAUCUUCAUGUUUCAUCAACACAUUUCAGCUCUGUGCUGCUUUCUCUGUGUGCAAGUAUACACAAAGAAGCUACUGUGGUUUUGUAGUGCCAUGUUCUGUUUACAUUUGGCAAGUGAUGGCCUUGCCCCAGAGAAACUGAGGAGUAAUUGCUUUCACACAUCAAAGGGGACACACCCCGGUGGCUCUAAUGUCAAGUAUAAAGUGCAUUGCUUCUGUGUUUCUAGUUUCUAAAUAUAUUGGCUUUUCUGACCCACUGUCCCAGUGGGUCUGGGAUGGCAGGAACUGCCACUGGAUUAGAGAUAAUAUAUUUCACAGUCUGUAUGUGUGUGUUAGGGGAAAGGUUCUUUGGAUAAAAAUGUUUCUGAUCUCUCUCAAC